AUGGCGGCACGACUCGUGGCCAAGUUCAACUCAUAUUAUGCCCAAAAGCCGGUCUUGACUACAAUGAUCACGAAUGCGGUGCUUGGAGGCGUUGCAGACACUGUCGCACAGUCAAUAACAGCAUUCCGCGCGAGACAAGCCCUACUUCCUAGCGAUGCCGACUCCGGGUCCUUCAUCUCUUCUGGGGUGGAGCUGGAAGACCUCAACGAGAAACCUGCGAGACUAUCGCCCGCCCUCUCUCCUCGACAUCGAGCACCUCAACCAUUCGACUUCGAGCGCCUGACCAGGUUCAUGGCAUACGGCUUCUUGAUGGCGCCUGUUCAAUUCGUGUGGUUCCGCCAGCUCACCAAGUGGUUUCCCGUUACAUCAAAGAGCGGCACUGUGCCGGCAUUAAAGCGGGUGGUUUGCGACCAGGUGAUCUUUGCGCCUCUCGGCCUCUCGGCCUUCUUCACUUUCAUGACUGUUGCCGAAGGAGGGGGAACCAGAGAUGUUAUCAGGAAAUUCCAGGACGUCUACCUUCCCACCCUGAAGGCCAACUAUAUCCUCUGGCCUGCCGUACAAAUCCUCAAUUUCCGCGUCAUGCCUCUUCAAUUCCAGAUACCUUUUGUGAGCACCAUUGGCAUUGCGUGGACCGCAUACCUCAGUUUGACGAACUCGAGCGAGGACGAGGUUCUGCAGCAGGAAAGCUGA